AUGUUGAGUAAUGAGGCGCAAAGGUUAAUUAUAAAUGAUGUAAAAGAGGCACCUUUUUAUUCUGUUAUGGCUUAUACUACACCUGACAUUUCCCACAAAGAUUGUUUGGCAAUUUGUGUACGAUAUCCUCGCAAUGGAGAAGCAGUUGAAAGACUAUUAGAAGUAGCAGAAGGAAAAGACAAGACGGGUCUGGGAACUGGGACAGAAAUUAUCGAUAUUUUGACAAAAAACUCUCUAUGUACAAAUAAUUUAGCUUUUCAAUCCUAUGACUAUGCCAGCAAUAUGUCUGGCUCAAUAAAUGGAGCUCAAGCUAAUGUUUCAAAAAUAGUUGGACACAAUGUCAUUUACAUUCCAUGCCAAGCACACAGAAUAAACACUUUUAUAGAGCACGGAUGUAAUUCUAGUUUGAUCAUUUCAAAUAUGAUUGACAACUUAGAAAGUUUGUACGUUUUUUUUUCAGCUAGUAAUAAACGAUACAGUAUUUUGUGUAAAGAAAUGAGCGACUUGGAUAAUGUAUUGCAGCUGAGAAACCUGUCCAAAACUAGAUGGACAGCUAGGGCAGAGUCUAUAAAAGCUGUUUGGUGUUCAUUUGAAGCGAUUUGUGAUAGUUUGCAUUAUAUUAGUUCACAUCAAGAUGCAUAUGAUAGAAUGACAAGAACAAAAGCUCACGGUCUUAACAAAAAGCUACACUCCUUCAAUUUUAUAGUUUCACUAAUAUUUAUGAAAAACAUUAUGUAUAAAUUAAAAGCUCUUACAGAAACUCUUGAAACAAAACAUUUAUCUUUAGUUGAUGCUGCUACUUUAAUAGGUACAACUAUUAAAAUUUUAGAAGAAAUUAAUUUGGAUACUAAUUCAAUAAAUAAUUUAAUUGAUAGUGCUAUAUCCUUUUCAACAACUUUAGGAAUAAAUCCAGAAAACGAUUUUAAAAUACACCAUCGUCAUAAAAAGCCACCUACUUGGUUGGACAAAAAUUCAAAAACUCAGGCAAAAUGCAAAGAUGCAGAGGCAGUUCAAGCCGAAUUGGAAAUUUUGAGAAGUCUUGAAAUCAAGCCUGAUUUGACAACUGCUAAUAUAUUUGAGAAAUGUGAAGAGAUAAAACAUAUUUUGCCAUUAGCAAAAACAGUUUGUGAUUUAGCUCUUACCGCUCCAGUCAGUGUAGCAACAAAUGAGAGAACUUUUAGUAAACUUAAACUUAUAAAAACCCACUUAGGUCUACAAUUAGUGACUCCAGACUAA